AUGGCACAGGUCCGCCAGUCCCUCUCACCAACCGCCAAUCUCCUGCGCAACUCGCGCCUCUUCUCCCUCCCCAACCCGCUCCCUCGACCUCCCGUGAGCGAAACCUUCGGUGCCGGCAUUAGCAAAGCCUCGGACUCGGCCACACUUCCCUAUCCCACACACCAAGCCAUUGCGACCACCAAGAGCUCACUUGCACGAGGCGAUUGGGGCUUGAAGAGGCCGCUGCCAUCGCGGAGUCAUUUGGUGCAGGUUAGCGACCCAGUUCUCAGGGUCACGCAGCUGGAUACCAUUGAGCAUGUCACGGAUUUUGAUAGCGCUGCGGAUCAUGUGCGCACAAGACAAAAGUGGGAGGAGAUGGGUGUGCCCAUGAUGAAGGGCAUGACGCAGAUGCGAGAGUAUGAUUUAUCGGGCACCCCACCAGCUGGCGCCUUCGAGGUCCGCGAUGACACGACGUCGUACGAUACUGACCUGGGCCUGGACGAGGCUGGGCUCCCGCCGCCUGUAGAUCCGAUUGUGCACAACACCAAGCGAUGGAAGCACGAAGGCCCUUGGCUGCCCGGCCUGGGUGCUGAAGGAUUUGCCGAGUAUCUCACAAAGGAGAUUUCCAAGCGACGAGAAGAAUUCAACAAGUACCUGGUCGAGUUCGUCAAGAACGAGAUCUACACCACACGGCGACUUGCUGCAUCGAAAGCCGGCGAAACGGCGCCCAUGGAUAUCCAAGAAGCUGAAAUCUGGCACCAACAACAGGAAAAGCAAUGGUCACGCAUCACCGAUGCAGAAGUCGAUGCCGGCAUCAAGGCGCUGCGAAGAGAAACAGCGAACAACCCCCUUGGCUCGAAACUCGUCACAAAGCUCAUCCUCCCCUUCCUCCGCCUCCCUGAAAUCAAAUUCAAAUACAAGGCGUACGCCGAAGAUGCUUCGAACCGCGACAUCGACCAGUACCAAUUCGACCAAGAAACCGCACCCCUCUCCACCCAUCCCUCAGCAGGUCUUGGCUAUCUACGCACAAAAGCGUAUAUUGCGAACCACCCCAUUCUCGGCCCCCAAAGUAGCCCAUCUCCCGUCCCUGCCCGCGUCAUCCAACCGCGCACAACAUCGACAACCAAGGAAGUCUAUGCCCGUCUCGGUGUAGCCGGCUUCGUAGCCAACGACCAAUUCCGCAGCACAGACACCAGCAGCGCAAGCCGUGCCAACAUCAGCAACGCGCGCGACGUCGAGACAAUCGACAUCGACACCGAGGGCGGCAAGAAGGUCCUCGUCCAGCCCCUGUUUGGCUCCGUCAAAAACGAUGGCCGAAUCCACAUCAAGCUCAAGCGCUCCUCCGGGCCUGAAGUACAGGUUGCACGGGGCGAGUUGGAUGAUAAGCCCCCCGUGCGCGAGGGCUUUGACAGCGAUCCGCUCAUGAGUCUGGGUGACGUGGGCAAGAGUGGUAUCAAGGAGUUGGACGAGCAGAGCGAGCGGGCGAAGCAAAUUAGUAGUUUCUUAGACGGCAUGACGUCAAAAGGGAAGGGGCGGUCGCGAUCAGGCCUCCGUGGCCUGGCAGAUGGGCUGAGAUAGAGAUGGAGGUUGUAGGCUUUGUAGGAUAGUACAUGUUACAUUGUAUAGUUAUGAGCAUCGGAUCGGAACUAGACUUUUGUAUAAAUCCUAUUCUUUCAAACAACUACCGUCAUGUUUUCUCUGCCGCUGUUCAUCAAGGCAAGGCGAGUCUCAAUAUACGUCGCAAAUGUGACUUUCCUACUCGUGCCCAAUAAGUCCACCCUACAGUGAUGAAAAAGGUAUUACUGCAAUCAGCAGAAGGAAACUUUGAAGACUUUGAUGGUCGGUCGGCGUCUCUCAGUGCAGUGUACCGUAGUGUGUGACGUCUACUAUAUACUAUAAGGACAGGAAGUAGUAGUAGUAGGAGU